AUGCACCGCACCUACUCUAUGCGCCAGUCGCGCGCACCCACUGCCUCGCAGAUCCAGAACCCUCCUNCCCCGUCGUCCUCCACCAAGGCUGGUAGAUUCUUCGGCAAGAGCAACAUUGUUGACCCAAUCACAGNNCAACAACUCAGCAUCUGGGGUGAAGCUUGUGACGAUGAUGUCUCCGAUGUUACCGACAAGCUUGGUGUCUUGAUCUACGAGAUUGGUGAGCUCGAGGACCAGUUCGUCGACAAGUACGACCAGUACCGUGUUACCAUCAAGAGCAUCCGUAACAUUGAGGCUUCCGUUCAGCCCAGCAGAGACCGUGAGCNNAAGCAGAAGAUCACUGAUCAGAUUGCCCAGCUCAAGUACAAGGAGCCCAACAGCCCCAAGAUUGUUGUUCUUGAGCAGGAGCUCGUUAGAGCCGAGGCCGAGUCAUUGGUCGCCGAGGCCCAGCUUUCCAACAUCACCCGUGAGAAGCUGAAGGCUGCCUUCACCUACCAGUUCGAUGCUCUCCGUGAGCACUCCGAGAAGAUGGCCAUCAUCGCCGGCUACGGCAAGCACCUCUUGGAGCUCAUUGACGACACCCCCGUCACCCCUGGCGAGACCAGAAACGCAUACGACGGUUACGAGGCUAGCAAGGCCAUCAUCCAGGACUGCGAGGACUCUCUCACCAACUGGGUCGAGCAGAACGCUGCCGUCACCUCUUCCCUCUCCACCCGCACCCGUACCCUCUCUCAGCGCCGCCGUAACCGCCACCAGGGUGAGGCCGUCGACCUUGCCGGACAGGACGCCCCCAUGGAGCAGUCUCGUGACAGCAACCUCUGGAUCCCCGCCAGCCAGCACCACAACGCUGACCGCUACGAGGAUGAUGACGAGGAGGAGGAUGCUAGCGUCGUCAACGGCUCUGUCCGCGGUCGCGAGGAGGAGAGAGUCGCUGCUUAA